UGACUCCUGGACUACGGUAGCCACGGGUGCGAGGUGAGAGGAGCUCGCCUUGUGAUUUUUGGCUUCCCCCAAAAAACUCACGUGUGCGCUUUGCGUGCACGCGGAGAAGUCUUUUUCGAAGAAAGACCAAUAGUUGUGGAUAAGGGGAAAUGGAUCACUCUUUAUUUGGAUGUCUGCGGAGCCCUCACGCCCCGGCCCAAGCCCUGCACCCGGCGUUCACACAGUCCUCGCUGGCUUUGCACGGUCGCUCAGAUCACGUCUCCUACCCUGACCUGCCGGGACCUUCGCCGCCCUGCAGCUACACAGGGGAUGAGGCCAGCUUUGGAGGACCACAUCAUAGAGUUCACCCCGCUCCGCAGCAUCCACAUCACUCGCAGCAUCAACCUACAUGGCACGUACCGCAGAUGCCGUCGAUCGGUGGCGAACGUCACGGCCUCUGUCUGUUGCACGCCGAACCUGCAGCGCCAGAACUGUGUAGCUCUGGGGGAACAGGUUCCCAGGGUUUGUGCGCGGGUAACCCAACGCUAGCUGAUAGUGACCCCUCUAGGGUGUCAUGUGCGUCAGGCGAAUUUGGGAGACAGACCAUGUCUAGUGUUGAACCAGAGAGACGGAAUAGCAAAGGAAAGAGCGAUAGUUCAGAUUCGCAGGAUGGGAGCUACAAGUCAGACGUGAGCAGUAAACCCAGGAAGGAGCGUACGGCGUUCACCAAAGAACAGAUUCGAGAACUGGAAUCCGAGUUCGCCCACCACAACUAUCUGACACGGCUCAGACGCUACGAAAUCGCUGUCAACCUUGACCUCACGGAGAGACAAGUAAAGGUGUGGUUCCAGAACAGAAGAAUGAAAUGGAAACGUGUGAAGGGUGGACAGCAAGGUGCCGCUGCACGGGAGAAAGAACUCGUGAAUGUAAAGAAAGGAACUCUCUUACCCUCAGAGUUUUCACCUUUAGUGGGGCUUCACCAUCCCCUCGGCUCUCCAAGCAAUGAGGAAGACAGUCAUGAAAGUGACCAGAGCUCUGAGCAUGCACAUUUAUGAUGCCCGGGGUCCACCCACUCAUAGCCUGCCAAGUUCCUCAGGAAUCAACAAUGUCGGCACUCAAAAACCCAUUAAUAACUUGUACCAGGCCGUGUUUUGUUAUUGUGCUAUUUUAUGCGGAGUGGUUAGGGUUUGUUCCUGGUCUGUGUAACAGAUGCUGGAGGGUUGCGAACCCGAGCUGAGACCUAACAAAAGGGAUUUAAAGGUGGUCGCACUUUUUAAUUUUCCGAAAACUGGAGGGUUAAAUGGAAACUAUGCAUUUUUGCUCAUGUGUGACUUUAAUUUUGAAACUUGUAAAUAAAUGUAAGUUUGAAUGUUUUACACAUUCCACAUGAGUGCCUUAAAGAGGAUUUUUGCACUGUUUUAAUUUUUGGCAUAACUGAUUUCUACUGUAUUUAUACAGAUCACUGAUUACCGAGCACAAAUACAUCAUCUGUAAUAGCACAGACAAUGUAUUUAGUGUUCAUUUAUUUAAAAGAAAAAACCAAACAACCACAAUUAAUGACAAAUUGUAGCACACUUGUUUACUUGAAGGGAUAGUUCACCCAAAAAUAAUAAUUCUGUCAUCAUUUACUCAACUUCUAUUUUUUUUACAAACCUGUAUAUAUUUCUUGUCUUGCUUAACACAAAGAAAGAUAUUUUGAGCAAUUUUUGUAACCAAACUGUUUUGGAGCACCAUUGACUUCCAUAGUAUUUUUUCCAACUAUGGAAGUCAACGGUGCUCCUGCCUUUUGCUUGAUAACAAAUAUAUUGCUUUGUGUUCAGCUGAACCAAUAAAUUUUUACAGGUUUGUAACAAAUUAAAGGUGAGUAAAUAAUGACAGAAUGUUCAGUUUUGGGUGAACUUUACCUUUAAUUUCAAACAAAAGUUUUUUUGUAGAUAGUGACAAACAUCGUUUUUGUACAUUUUUACAACAUGCUGUUUAUUUGCUCUGAACAGAUAUUUCUUUAAGCCAAGCAAAUGGGUUGAAAUAUUGUUUGUAAGGUUUUCAUAAACAUUUUAAUUGCAGGGGGAGAUACAAUGCCUUAUAGUGAUGUCAUUUUUCAUUUGCCAUGUUUAAUGUGUACCAAAGGACUGCAAAUAAUUGUAUGAAUGAUCACUGAGGAGUUUAGAGUAGUAAAAGCGCUCUUUAUAUCUGUUCAUAUGUAAUUACUCAGGUACUACAUUGUAAUACUAUAGUAAUUGCGAAGUAAUGGCCUAUUUGUGACCCUGGACUACAAAACCAGUCAUAGGGUAAUUUUUUUUAAAUUGAGAUUUAUACAUCAUCUGAAAGUUGAAUAAAUAAGCUUUCCAAUGAUGUAUGAGUUAUGAGAUAUCUGAAGAUCUGGAAUCUUUUUUUAUAUAUUUACAGUAGGAAAUAUACAAAAUAUAUUCAUGGAACAUGAUCUUAAUAUCCUAAUGAUUUUUGGCAUGAAAGAAAAAUGUAUAAUAAUGACAGCCCAGUCUCACGAAAUUACGGAGCCCCUAAGGGGACAUGGAGCAAAAAAAUUAUAAAGUUUAGUUUCGCGUGCGCACGUGAAACUAUCGCGUGCUCACGUGAAACUAUCGCAUGCUCACGUAAAACUUUCAUGUGCGCACGUAAAUGAAAACUUUUCAUUUACGUGAGCAUGCGAUAGUUUCACGUGAGCACGCGAUAGUUUAAAAAAAUUCUGCACAUCAAGGUUUUGCGUGGGCACAUGAAACUAAACUUUAGUUUUUUUUACUCCAAUGUCACCUUAGGGGCUCGGUAGAAAUUACGUACCUAUAGUCAAGUAAUUUUUUUAUUCUUUAUUGUGAUAUUGUCCAACAUUUUCCACAUUUUUCGUGAUCGUGUCACAAAUUUCUGUUUAUGUGUCAUUAGCCUCUUUCACACAGUAAUUCUGGUAAAUUACCAUGAAUUUACCAGAAUGAAUUUACCAGUAAAUACAAAAAUGUGCUGUUCACACAUGCAGUGACGUUCCGUCGUUUUACCAGUAAGACAUCAUUCACACAUCAGUAUCAAAAUACCGGUAAACUCGGAGAGAAAGCGGAAGUUACCUGUGGCGCGCGGCCGGCGACCUCCGUCCGUGUCGUAUUUGUAAACGGCGGGUUAUGACUUAAUAUCCACGGUCCGUAUUUUGUUGUUUUCACAUCUGUGGCAAACGGUCGCGAAGUUGCUUGUGACCAAACAACAUUGCGUUAGGCGGCGUCAAACGGAACCUGCGCAUUUGCACAUUAGGCUUCACAGAUGGUGUGCUAAGGACGUCGGCAAUUUGGCAAUUAGAUGGUAAGCUGUUUUAAACAACUUUGGUGAAGAAAUGUGGAUGUUAACUUCAGGUGUGCUCGACUUUUAAGCAACAUGUGUGUGGAAACGUCCGUAAACAGUCUGGGGGAAACCGCGUCACCUGUAUAAAAAACUUUCUGAUUGGCCCACCCGAUCUGUAGCGCGGUCUGACGUCAUCUAAAUGCCGGUAAUGCUAUAUUUUUCGUUCACACACAGCGCUUACCGGCAAAUUACCGUUAAUCUUACAACCUGUCUUACUGGUAAAUUGGGAGCACUGAUUUACCGGAAAGGUUCUGUACACACAUGACAUGUUAACGGCAAUUUACCAGUAAAUUACCAGUAAAGACUGUAUGUGUGAAAGGGACUAUUGUCAUGUAUUGGUUACUCAACUGUUUUGUCCUAUUUUCUUAUCAUUGUCGCUUCAGUUUAGGGUUAGAUUUACAAGGAAUAUAUCCUUAUACAAACCCAACUCUAACCCUAACACCAGGUGACAAUGGUUUAAAAAUCAGAAAAUAUAAAAAAUUAAUCAGAAAAAAUUGUAUAAACCAAUACUUAAAGUGACAUCCUAACGCAAACACCAAAUCUAACCCUAAACCAAAGCGACAAUUGUUUGAAAAUAGGAAAAAGCAGUUGAGUAAGUAAUACAUGACAAUGACACAUAAACAGAAAUUCCUGAUACGAUCACGAAUAAAUGCGGAAAUUCGUUACAGUAUCAUAAAAAAUAAUAAAAAAUGACAUGACUAUAGGUACAUAAUUUUGUGAGAUUGGGUAUAAUUUUGACCCAUACAAUGUACUGUUGGCUAUUGCUACAAAUAUACAUGUGCGCCUUAUGACUGUUUUGUGGUCCAGGGUCACAUUUAUGAGUGCAACACGGCAGACUUUAUUUCUAUAUGACAUUUUGAUCUGUUUAGUUCAGUUUAUGGUAUAGUUCAUAUUCUUUUUACCUUGUAAAUAAAUGUUCGAUAUUGCAGUUCUAAAUUUUCAUGACAAACUUGCUUAAUAAAUUGCACAACAAGA